UAGAAAUGAAUCCCUCUAUGUUGAAAAUCAAUUAAUGAACAAUCGUUUGAUCAUUCUCAUCCCAACCAUUCAAUUCUUCGUCUUCUUCGUUUUCUCUGUCAUAUAAUUUUACAAAUUUCUCACCUACUUUUCCCUCCUUUAUUGUUUAUGUACUGGUGUGUCUAUUAUGAAAAUAAAGCCCUAGAAAACCUUGCCCACCUGCCACUGCCACCUACGUUUUGCAACUAGUUUUUUAUUGAUUGCAUUGUUCUUCAGGCUAACUGGAAUUUCGAUCAUUCAGAGCUCUGUUUUCCUAUGAAUAAUUGGACCCACUUUUUCUAUUAUUUGAUUGUCUUGAGGAGCAGUCUUUUUGUGUUUUCUCCCGCCGGUCGUUCAUAGAUGUGAUCAAUUCAACUAAUUUCCAAAUAUUUUUAAUGAUUUGUGAUGCUGUAGAAUUAGGAAGGUUAGCUUUGGUUUUACGACUAGGAAGAUUUGGGUAUUACUGAAUGAUCUUGAUUUACUGUUUCUUUUAGCUUUGCAUUGUUUGGAAAAUGACAUCGGAGUUUUGAUCAAUUGGAGAUGGAGAACAGCGGUGGAGUGGAUGAUCAGGGAUCAGGAUGGUUCGAAGUGAAAAAGAAGCACAGGAGCAGUUCUAAGUUUUCCGUACAGAGUUGGGUUGGAGGAUUUUCGGGAAAAAAUUUGUCUAAUUCUCUGCGCAGUACAAAUCUUGUGAAUAAAAAUCUCCGAAAUGACAGGUCAAACUCGAAGUCUCAUCCUCCAACGACAGGAGGAAGCUAUGCAGUAUAUACCCAAAGUAAUGCUGAGAAUUGUGUUGCUACAGCAAUUGGAGAUGAUGGAGGUUCAUAUUCCCCUGAUAAAUGCAUGGUCAGACAAGACACUGAAUUCCCCAAGUCAUCUGUUUUGCACAUUGCAGAUUCUAAUGCUGGAAGUGGAGAAUGUGAGAAAGUCUCCCAUAGGGAUAUGCCUGGAGUGGUCCAAAAAAUCAAAUGGGGUGAUCUAGAGGAUGAUAGUUUGGUAUUGAAUAACAGUGCUAAUGGAGUUGAAAUAAAGUUUGGUAAUAUUGGAGAGGUUGAUCUAGGUGUCUCUGAAAAAAAUGAGGUUAAGCAUGACUUAGCUUCAACCGUCUCUUCAUCUGUAGAUACCCAAGUGAACGCAUUGGUGGCAGCAUCAGUCAGAGACGAGGAGGCCUCUCAUCAGACUCUUUUGUCAACUAAUGAGAUCAAUUCAUGCCAAGUUAGCCAUCAAGAUAUUAAUAGGGAAUUUAUAGAAGAUUUGAAAGUUUUAAGUAAUAAUGAAGUAACAGUCUGUUCUGUUAUUGAUGGUUCAAAUUUCAAGGAUACAAGAAAUGAAAACACGAAACCUGUAGACAAUCACAUUUCAAAUUUCGAUUCUCCUUCUUGUGAAGAAGCUGGAACUGAGCCAAAAGUCCAGAAGGUUAUCAAGUUACAUGAGGUAGAAAAUCCAGUGCUCCCUGAAACAUCUGGUAAGCCUGAGAUUUCUAGCUUGUCAUUGCCUGUUCAGAAUGCUGAAUCAGUUUCAACUAAAACUUGUGGACAUGAAAAUUCAGGGGGCUCCUCUGAUUCUGUUGAAGAACCUCAAAUUGAACAAGGGAGUGGAACUCAUAAUGUGCAAGUUGUGAGUGCCCCCAGUGAAGGUGCGACGGGUGAGAGUAAAGAAAGGUUUAGGCAGCGGCUCUGGUGCUUCCUUUUUGAGAAUCUUAAUCGAGCUGUAGAUGAACUUUAUCUCCUUUGUGAACUGGAAUGUGACUUGGAACAGAUGAAAGAAGCCAUUCUUGUUCUUGAAGAGGCUGCAUCUGACUUUAAAGAGCUAAAUACUAGGGUGGAGGAGUUUGAAGAGGUAAAGAGGUUGUCUUCUCAGUCUAUUGAUGGGAUGCCAAUCACUAUGAAGAGUGAUCAUUGUAGGCCACAUGCUCUCUCUUGGGAGGUUCGGCGGAUGACAAAUUCUCCUCAUAAAGCAGAGAUUUUAUCGUCAUCACUUGAGGCAUUUAAGAAAAUUCGGCAAGAGAGAGCCAACAUGCUUGAAGCAAGCAAAAAACUUCCCGGGAAUGAGUGUCUAAGUCCUCAGUGUAUGGAUCAAAUGAAAGAAAUAUCUACAAUAAAUUGUGUGGUGCAUGAUGCCCCAGAUUCAGCAUCAAAAACGGCAGGAAAUAAAGAUGUAGAUCUUACUCCAGGGAGCCUUAGUGGAAAAGAAAAGAAUACUGAGUCUCUUGGUUCUGAUAAGGUUAAUGUUGCGCAAAAUAUACGUUCGCGCCCACAGAAUUCCUUGUCUUCUAUAAAUUCAUCCAAGCCACCUCUCGCUGUAAAAUUUAAGCGAGAGCAACUUGAAUCUGAUGUAGAAAGGUUAGUUUCUAGAAGAGAAAGGGCUCUAGCAGAAGGCACGUGUGAGAAAACUCAGAAACCUAUAGAACAUUCCAAAAGACAAGCAACUGUUUCUGAAAAAGAUAAGGAAAAAGAGAAGAGGAAUAUGGGUGCUCGAAAAUCCAUGGAUGCAUGGAAAGAAAAGAGGAACUGGGAAGACAUACUUUCAUCAUCCGUACGUAUUAGUUCUCGAGUUUCACAUUUGCCAGGCAUGAGCAAGAAAAGUGCUGAGCGUGUACGUGUGUUGCAUGAUAAACUAAUGUCCCCAGACAAGAAGAAGAAAACUUCUUUAGAUGUGAAAAGGGAGGCAGAAGAAAAGCAUGCUCGUGCAAUGAAAAUUAGAAGUGAACUAGAGAAUGAAAGGGUUCAGAAACUGCAGCGUACUUCAGAGAAAUUAAAUCGUGUUAAUGAAUGGCAGGCUGUACGCACUAUGAAAUUACGGGAGGGAAUGUAUGCUCGCCACCAGCGCAGUGAAUCCCGACAUGAAGCUUUCCUAGCUCAAGUUGUGAAAAGAGCUGGUGAUGAAAGUAGUAAGGUGAAUGAGGUUCGUUUCAUCACCUCCUUAAAUGAAGAAAAUAAAAAGAUUAUGCUGCGGCAGAAGCUUCAUGGUUCUGAGUUAAGGAGAGCUGAAAAGCUUCAGGUAAUGAAAAUUAAACAAAAGGAAGACAUGGCUAGAGAAGAAGCAGUGCUAGAACGGAAGAAAUUGAUCGAAGCCGAAAAAUUGCAGCGUCUUGCUGAAACACAGAGGAAAAAGGAAGAGGCUCACGUUCGAAGGGAAGAAGAGCGGAAAGCAUCUAGUGCUGCAAGGGAGGCGAGGGCCAUGGAACAGCUUCGAAGGAAAGAGGAAAGAGCAAGAGCCCAACAAGAAGAAGCUGAACUUAUGGCCCAGAAAUUGGCUGAGCGACUUAGUGAAAGUGAACAACGACGAAAGUUUUAUUUGGAGCAAAUACGGGAGAGGGCCUCUAUGGAUUUUAGGGACCAAUCUUCACCCUUGCUGCGACGAUAUAUGCAUAAGGAUGGUCCAAGUAGAUCAGCAACUAAUAACAAUGGUGAUGAGCAGGGGCCCAGUAGCUCUGACUUGGGUUCUGGUCUUGCAAUGGGUAAGACAACAAUGCAACAACACAUGAAACGAAGGAUCAAAAGAAUCCGACAGAGGCUUAUGGCUCUGAAGUACGAAUUUGUUGAGCCCAUUAAUGGAGCUGAAAAUGUUAGCAUUGGAUAUAGAACAUCCAUUGGAACUGCAAGGGCAAAAAUAGGUAGGUGGCUUCAAGAACUUCAGAAACUUCGCCAAGCAAGAAAAGAAGGGGCUGCAAGUCUAGGGCUGAUAAUUGCUGAAAUGAUCAAGUACUUGGAUGGAAGGGAACUUGAGCUGCAAGCUUCUCGUCAAGCUGGCUUACUUGAUUUUAUUGCUUCUGCCCUUCCUGCUUCUCACACAUCUAAACCAGAAGCCUGUCAAGUGAUGAUACACCUAUUAAAAUUGCUUAGGGUAGUAUUAUCUGCAUCAGCAAACAGAAGUUACUUUCUUGCGCAGAAUCUCUUGCCACCUAUCAUCCCAAUGCUAUCAACAGCCCUUGAGAACUAUAUUAAGAUUGCAGCUUCUGUUAAUGCCCCUGGUAGUGGGGUUCAAUCAAGUAGAACGUCUAUUGAAAAUUUUGAGUCGAGCUCUGAAGUACUGGAUGGAUCUUUGUGGACUAUCACAACAAUAAUUGGUCAUAUAAACCCAGAAGGGCCGCAACUCCAAAUGUGGGAUGGUUUGCUAGAACUAUUGGUUGCCUACCAGGUUAUUCAACGGCUUCGGGAUCUUUUUGCACUUUAUGACAGACCUCAGGUGGAAGGGUCUCCAUUUCCUUCUUCGAUUCUCUUAAGUAUACGUCUUUUGGUGGUUUUAACAUCAAGACCUGGAAUUGAUAGUACCAUUAAUUGUGUAUUACCAUUUAGUGAAAAUUUGACGGGGGUUGAAAGUGGAAUUGCUAUUUCUACCAUGUCUAGAGAUUUUCCUAGAACAGGUUUCACUGAGGAUGGUAUCCCUUUAGAAUCUGGGUUAAAUGGGGGUAAAAUCUUACAAAAUCCAAAAAUGACCGUAGAUCAACUGGAUGAGUCAUGUGAGCAGAAGAUAAAGAAUGGGAUGAUACCCAGUGAUGGUGGUCAGAGGGAACAGCAGACUGAUUGCUUUAUUGAGGCAAAUGGUGUUAAUAUUGUCCAGAUCGAUAUUCAGGAUGAACCACAAGACGGUGAAAUUGUCUUGAAACCUUCUGUAUCCCAAGGGGAUCAGAAACAGCAGGUGGAUGUUGCAUCUGACGAAGGGAUAAAAAAUGUUACAAAAAUGAAACCACCAAUAGCGUAUCUAUUAUCUGCUAUAUCUGAUACUGGAAUUGUUGGUCUCCUGUCUUUACUAACAGCUGUAUUGUUGCAAGCAAACAAUAGAUUAUCAUCCGAACAGGCCUCCUAUAUCCUUCCAUCUAACUUUGAAGAUGUUGCUACUGGUGUGCUGAAGGUGUUAAAUAAUCUAGCCUUUUUGGAUCUUAAAUUUAUGCAGCGAGUGCUAGCUAGACCAGACCUGAAAAUGGAGUUUUUCCAUUUAAUGAGUUUCCUUCUCUCGCACUGCUCAAGCAAGUGGACAGCUCCUAGUGAUCCGAUAGGUCUGCUGCUUCUCGAAUCUCUAUCCAUUCUUGGGCAUUUUGCUUUGUUCCAUCCUGGAAAUCAAGAAGUCCUUCGCUGGGGAAAGAGUCCAACCAUACUCCACAAGGUGUGCGACCUGCCGUUUGUGUUCUUCAGCGACCCUGAAUUGAUGCCAGUGUUGGCUAGUACCUUGGUUGCUGCCUGUUAUGGGUGUGAACAAAACAAGUCCGUUGUUCAACAAGAGCUAAGUAUAGAUAUGCUGCUUUCAUUAUUGAGAUCCUGCAAAAAUAAUCUACUAGUACCGGCUUUACCAUCGACUUCAACACAAGAGAAUGAGGAAUCUAAUGAGUCUAACCCAAAUGGUUUCGAGUCUAGAAAACCUCAAACCGACGGUAUCAUUAGAGCCACCCGCAAUGUCAGCAGAAUCACAAGAACUUCCUUAGGAAGACCUGGAGGAGUUUCCUCAGGAAAUAGCAAUAGGAGUAACAAAACAAGAAACCAAAGAGAUAAUAGAUCAGCUAAAGCAUCUGAUGAAAUAACUUUGAAGCACAAUCAGCCAGCAAUAGAAGUUGCAUCUGUGAUGUUGCAUUAUAGAUUCCCUAGCAGUUUUCUCGAUAGAGCAGAGCAGUUCUUUUCAGCUGACAUUUCCACUGCUGUUGAUGGAUAAAUUGAGAAGGCUUGAUGUGGGAUUUACUUGCCUUGCUUUCAAGCCUUGAUGUGAAUGUAAUCAAGGAACAGCUAACAGAUUACAACUUUGAAGACAGUUAAUUAUACCAACAAAUUCAAAAGGUUAUAGCAUCAUUAAUUUGCGAAGAAAUAAGUUUUCCAGCGUGUUUGUAUUCUUUAAUUUAAUUUACUUUGAACCACCAGAUCAUGUUGGAAAGGCACUUGUUUGGGUCUUUUUAUAGUACAUUUGGAAUUGAGGGAUUCGGACAACUCAAUUUAUUGUCCGUUAAGCUAUGCUUGUUUGUCGUA